UCUUCACAUUUGUGAGAUGGGAGCACACACAGCCGCAUCAUCACGGCCCAGCAAGCACGACCAAACCGCUGGGGAAAAGCGGACUAAAUUACAACAUUACCACACACACGGGGUAAGAAAAUGAAGCUAGUAACCGAACGGUUGACUGCCACCGAACCGCCGCCUCGGUUUUUACACGAGUCCGAGACUGUCUUCGCUUGCGUUACGUCCGUAUGAUCCUUUCUCCGUACGCUUAGCCGGUACAAAGGAGCAGCAGCACCUGAGAUUGAAGCCUAAUGGUCGGCUAGGAGUAGACGGACCUGUCGGGGCUACCAAGUCCGGACCUACCCACACAAACCGUCGGCAAACCAAGAGACGGUUUAUUUCUUAGACAUUUUCUUUCAGGAUUCUUUUCGAGUUGACAGUGGACAUCAACUAUUUGUUUGAAUUCCUUCUUUAAAGUGACAUAAUCUGGAAUAAUGUACGAGAAAAAAAGACCGCCUUUUCUCCUCCAUUAUGUCUCAUUCUCCUCCGUCCGGUCAUCCUAAACAGCCGCUGUGUUGUCCGCAAAUGGAUAUGCUGCCCACGACAAGUGUCAUCAGUUUGUGCUGGUGACCAGGUCAUCUUAAAGGCCUGUUGAAAACACUAUUUAAUCACAGGUGAGCUGUUGUGAGGAAAGCUUGCGUUGAAUUGGACAAAUAAGACACAAUAUGGUAGAGCCGGUGGGAUUCAUCGAGGCGUGGAAAGCUCAAUUCCCUGAGUCGGAACCCCCCAAGAUGGAGCUGAGGUCUGUGGGAGGUAUCGAGCACGAGCUGGAGAGAUGCAAAGCGUCCAUCAGGAGACUGGAGCAAGAAGUGAACAAGGAACGUUUCCGCAUGAUCUACCUGCAAACCCUCCUGGCCAAGGAGAGGAAAAGCUACGACAAACAGCGCUGGGGCUUUAGGAAAACGCCUCUCAAUGAGGGGGUGGACCCCAGUGCCUCUCAGGGGGCAGAGUCUCAGCAGCCGCACAUGCAGGAGACCGGCGGGGUGGGUUGCGGCGGCUACGGUGCCGCUCCUAUCGUGGACAGAAGCCGAUACCAGCCUCACGGAGAUGGAACCGGCAGAUCCAAACCGAGACCCCAACCGGCGAGGAAGUCGGCAUCCCACGGAGACGGGCUGGAGUCGGCUUUCGAGGCACCCCAACAGGCUGAGUCGACAUCCUGUGACAAUCUGGACGGGCUCUCGCCCUCCAAGCAAAGAGGAGGCGUCUCCGCGUCGCCCCGAAGGCCAGUACUUCCGCCCCCGGAGAAGGAGCUGCCCUGCGACCCCAAAGACAAGCUUGGCAUGGGCCUCGGUGUGGCUGCUCUAAGAUCCAACUUUGAGAGGAUCAAGCGGGCCAACUCUCACUCUGUGGGCGAUAAAGGUCAAGAGAAGCAGCCGCCGCUGCCACCGCCACCAUUCUACACCAACAUGGAGUUCCACCACGACAGGGGGCUGGUUCGGGUCAAUGAGCGCGAAGUCUCGGACAAGAUCAGUUCCCUGGGGAACCAAGCCAUGCAGAUGGAGCGGAAGAGAUCCCUGCACUCGCUGCCUGGUAACCUGGCAACCGUGGCCGGGGAGCUUCGCGCCAGACCCGUGUACAGGGGUCGGUCCACCGAGAGCACCUGUGGCUACGAUGCAGAGUAUGAAGACGGAGAACCCAAUCAGAGACUUCAAAGAUCCAACGGUGGUAAGCCUCCUCCACCGCCUUGGCAACCCUCUGAUUUCCAAGCUUACUCCAGCGUCUAUGUCGGUGGCGUAAUGAUGGGCGAAGGCGGUGGCGGCGGCGACGGGCGGGGCGGCGUCCAGAUGCGAGACCACGGCGGCGGUGACGAUCACCUCCUGACGUGGCCCCGCCGCUCAUACUCCCCGGGGAGCUUCGAGGACGUCGGCGGGGGCGGCGGCUACACGCCGGACUGCAGCUCCAACGAGAACCUGACGUCCAGCGAGGAGGACUUCUCAUCGGGACAGUCCAGCCACGUCUCGCCCAGCCCCACCACGGCCUUCCGGCGACCCUUCCGAGAGAAGAGCCGCUCGCCGUCGCAGAAUUCCCAGAACUCCCAGCACUCCUUCGACAGCAGCAGCCCCCCGACGCCGCAGUCGCAGAAGCGUCACCAUCGGCAGCAGGGGGGCCACGUGGUCAUGUCGGAGGCCACCAUUGUCAGCGUUCGCAAGACCGGUCAAAUCUGGCCACCUGCUGUUCAUCACGGGAGAAUGUCGCACGAUAACAGUUUCCAUGGAGACCACCUCGAUGGCCAUUACACCGGGACUCCACCGUCUUACGGUUACGAUGCCGACCGCGCCGAGGAGCAGCGGCGGCACCACGACAUCCUGCCGUACAUCGACGACUCGCCUUCUUCGUCACCUCACCUGAGCUCCAAGAGCCGAAGCAGCCGGGAUACCCUCUCGUCGGGAUCGCUGGAGUCCUCCAAGUCGACGGAAUGUGACCUGGAGAAAGGUUUGGAAAUGAGGAAAUGGGUCCUGUCUGGGAUUUUGGCCAGCGAAGAAACAUACCUCAGUCACCUGGAGGCACUGCUGCUGCCCAUGAAGCCUUUGAAAGCGGCGGCCACCACGUCGCAGCCCGUGCUCUCCGUGUCCCAGAUCGAAACCAUCUUCUUCAAAGUGCCUGAGCUCUACGAGAUCCACAAGGAGUUCUACGACGGCCUCCUGCCCCGCGUCCAGCAAUGGAGCCAUCAUCAGAGAGUCGGGGAUCUCUUCCAAAAACUGGCCAGCCAGUUAGGCGUCUACAGGGCGUUUGUGGACAACUACGAGCUGGCGGUGGAGACUGCCGAGAAGUGCUGCCAAGCCAACACGCAGUUUUCUGAAAUCUCCGAGAACUUAAAGGUGAGAAGCCCCAAGGACUGCAAGGAGCCGACAACAAAGAAUUCCCUCGAGGCUUUGCUUUAUAAACCGGUGGACAGAGUGACGCGGAGCACGCUGGUGCUUCAUGAUUUGCUCAAACACACUCCCACGAGCCACCCCGACCACCCGCUUCUCCAGGACGCUCUACGCAUCUCCCAAAAUUUCCUGUCCAGCAUCAACGAGGAGUCCACACCCCGCCGCCAGCUGAUGACUGUCAAAAAGGGAGAGAAUCGCCAGUUACUGAAGGACAGCUUCAUGGUAGAGCUGGUGGAGGGCGCCAGGAAACUGCGACACGUCUUUCUCUUCACCGACCUGCUGCUCUGCGCCAAACUGAAAAAACAAAUUGCAGGUAAAAACCAACAGUAUGACAGCAAGUGGUACAUCCCGUUAAGCGAGCUCACCUUCCAGGGCCCAGAAGAGGCCGAACCCCUCACAAUCCCACAGGUCCCAGAUGAAGAACUGGAUGCCAUGAAGGUGAAGAUCUCACACCUGCGCAGUGAGAUCCAAAGGGAAAAGAGAGCCAACAAAGGUUCAAAGGUCAUCGACCGCCUCAGGAAGAAGCUGUCCGAGCAGGAGUCGCUGCUGCUCUUAACUUCUCCGAGCAUGCAUCUCAGAGUCUACAAUAAGAAUGGCAAGAGCUACAGCUUUCUCAUUUCAUCCGACUACGAGCGUGCCGAGUGGAAGGAGCUCAUCAAAGAGCAGCAAAAGAAAUGUUUUAAAGCCGCUUCCUUAUCUUCCAUGGAGCUCCAAAUGUUGACCAACUCUUGCGUCAAGCUCCAAACGGUCCAUCACGUCCCACUUAGUGUCAGUAAAGAAGAGGAUGAAGCCCCGGGUCUCUGCGGGUUCCUGAAUGUAAUCGUCCACUCCGCCUCCGGCCUCAAACAGAGCUUGAAUCUCUAUUGCACAUUGGAGGUGGAUUCUUUCGGCUUCUUUUCAAACAAAGCCAAGACGAGAGUGUAUCGAUACACCACUGAGCCCAAAUGGAACGAGGAGUUUGAGAUCGAGCUGGAGGGCUCGCAGACCCUGCGGCUGCUCUGCUACGAGAAGUGCUACAAUAAGAGCAAGCAGAACAAAGAGGACGGCGAAAGCAUGGACCGCAUCAUGGGCAAAGGACAGAUCCCGCUGGAUCCUCAAGCUCUCCAAGGAAAAGACUGGCAAAGAACUGUCAUUCCAAUGAACGGGAUCGAAGUCAAACUAUCCAUGAAGUUCACCAGCCGCGAGUUCAGCCUGAAGAAAAUGCCCUCGCGGAAACCUAUGGGGGUGUUCGGGGUCAAGAUCUCAACCGUUACAAAACGAGAGCGUUCCAAGGUGCCCUACAUAGUCCGGCAGUGCCUGGAGGAGAUCGAGCGGAGGGGAAUGGAGGAAGUAGGCAUCUAUCGGGUUUCUGGAGUGGCCACCGACAUCCAGGCCCUCAAGACGGCCUUCGACACCAAUCACAAAGACGUGUCGGUGAUGAUGAGCGAGAUGGACGUCAACGCCAUCGCCGGGACCUUGAAGCUGUACUUCCGAGAGCUGCCGGAGCCGCUCUUCACCGAUGAGCUCUACCCCAAUUUCGCGGGCGGCAUCACUCUCUCGGACAGCGUCGCCAAGGAGAGCUGCAUGUUGAACCUGCUACUGUCGUUACCCGAACCCAAUUUGGUCACCUUCCUUUUCCUCUUGGACCACCUGAAGAGGGUGGCGGAGAAGGAGAGCAUCAACAAAAUGUCGCUUCACAACCUGGCCACCGUAUUUGGCCCGACGCUGUUGAGACCCGCCGAGAAAGACAGUAAAAUCCCCAGCAACCCCACCCAGCCCAUCAGCAUGGGGGACAGCUGGUCCCUGGAGGUCAUGGCACAGGUCCAGGUGCUGCUGUAUUUCCUCCAGUUGGAAACCAUCCCCACUCCAGAUAGUAAACGACAGAGCAUCCUCUUCUCCACGGAGGUAUAGAAACAACUGUGUUUACCUCAAGCACGAUGCCUCACUGGAGUACAUUUUUCGAAUUGACUACGUCGCGUAGGAAGGAUUUUUUUUCUCUCUUGGGAAUCUCCUUCUUUCAUCUACAUUCCUCUGUUUUUCUCCAUAUUAGUCAACAGGGAAAAAAAAUCCUGCUUGUUAUGUGUUUUUAUGUGAUUUGGGCCUCAAUUUGUCAGACAAUGGUCAAGUGAAGACUUGGGACAAAACGUGUCUGUCCAUUUCAAACCAGACUUCAUCUCAGCACGUUUUCCCCCCCAAAAAGGAUGAGUGGAGUUGUGGAGUUUACCGGAACUAUCUCACGCCAGGCCUACAGAAGUGGUUUACUGUAGGUCAAGGCCAACGCAGCAACUUGAAGGACUUAUCGAAGGAAGGUGUUUAUUCCUAAUGGACCGCAAUUUCACCACCUGCAGUUUGUGUCCGACCCCAAAGGAACAUUCUGUCUCUCUCUUUGUGUGUCUGUUAGCUUAAAUAUCCGGGAAGCAAUAUAUUUUCUAUCAUGGGAAAUUUUCCCUCCUCCUUGUCACAUCCUGUUGCUCAUGUGUUCCUUGUUGUACAUAAUCUUAAUUUUUCUUUUACCGCUAUAAUCUAAAUUGUUAAAUGUAAUUUAUUCCAGGGUCUCGGAGAAGAGACUUUCUUUUCUACGUGUACUUUAAGCGGUUUGAUUACGGUGGCGGCUAGCGGUUAGCCUUGACUUGAAGCCUUGCGGUAAAUAAGCAGGAAUUUAGCCUUGUUGUUUUAGAUACUCCCGUUUCUUGCUUGUUCCAGAAGGCGACAGUGACACAAGCUUUUCUCACGGUCUUUGAUAUCCCGUGGCGGUGAGUAUAACGCCAUAAAGUUCGUCAAGUUUUUUACGUCAUCUCAUCUCUGGAAGUAGAAGUGCAUGUGUGAGUAGCACAGAUGCGGUCCACUCACGGUUUCUGGAGAAGUGUCUCGAUUUUUAAAACCGCAGUGAUAGGUUUGGAUAAUAUAUGCGCCCCACUGAAUGUAUGUGCGGAACAAAAAUGAAACUGCACCAUAAUCACGUUGUCACAUCAUGUGGGACAUUGAGGGAAACAUGUCAUCACUGACCAAGUGACUUCUUUUCAUUAUACUCAGACAGUCAAUCUAUUUUCCACAUGUUAAAUGGGUUAAUAAUGCCAAAAAAAUACAUUGGGACUGAGCCAGUAGUAUUAAUUUGUGAAAAAAAUACUAGAGUGACCAUAUUUGGACAUGAAGUGUCCGGCACUGGCGGAGCUAGAGGGGGGAUGUGAGGGCAUUGACCCCCCCAAAAUAUGCUUCGCCUGAUAAUUGACUUUUGGUUAGUUUCCAUUUUCUCUUUCAACAUUACUACCCGUAAGGAAUCUUUAUUAGCGUUUUCUGAAGAAUUUGGGGGAUAUAUACAUUUCUUAUUUUGUUUUGUUUAGUUAAGUCGACAAUGAACAUGCAGGCAUGUUAUUUAUUUUGUUGUCCCUCGACUUAACAAGUCGAUCCCAUUACAGGCCCUUUUGCAUUGUAUAGUCACUGCACACUAUCGUUAGCGACAAUUAGUUGAUUGCUGUUUUUUUAAUUAUUUUUUAUACACAUUUUAACUUAUUUUUGUGUCUCAUCCACUUAGAACUGGCCAAUGGGUCCAUUUUAAAAACUCGUCCCUUCAGCGCAAAGCUUGUCAUUUAUAUCCAUAGUAAAGCAUCGUUUGUGUUGUUGAGCAAGUUAUGGCUACAUAGCUCGCAUUUCUGUGCUUCAACUUGAUCAUUUGAGCAUAUCAAAUCUUAGAAACGCACGUGUGUGAAUGACGACUUCAUUCGGACAUUUUGUCACGCCAUCCGAGUGGAUGGAAGCACAAUUGCAAUAGCGUGUCGGUCCGUUUCUCUUGAUUGCCACCGUUGUUUACUAGCACAUAUUUUGGCCUUGUGUAGCAAGCGCACAAUUUCAACAUCCGCAUCGGAGGACACGCAGCGACAUCCGUCCCGAUUGCCUACACCCCUCUGACCCUGUCGUGCCUCUACGCAGAUUUUUUUGUUUAGCAAGACGCUGACAGCGGAAAUCUCUCCUGUUGCCUUUUUUUCGCCGAAAACAGCCACACAUCUCUUCUCAAGACAGGACCUUUGAAAAAUCGGUCUUAUCUUUUAAGGACCACCCUCGUUCUCACGCCGAUGCUGUAAAUUGAACUCGUAAAUGUUAAAACGGAACGAAGGAUAGUCAAAAUUCUUGCCUGUGUCCUUACUUUAGCUCCUCUUAUGCCUUUUACUUGUAUUUAUUUAAUAAGCUUUGUUCGAGUCUUUGAAUAGAAAGUCCGCUGGGUCUAUUUAUUUGUAAAAUCUUGAAGGAAUAAAUUAAUGGAAAAGUAAAAGGGGAUGCACUUAUUUGGAAGUGUCACCGCCUGUUUAAAUGACUGAAGUUUGUCACAUGUUCGUCCCGCUCGUAAUUCCAAUCAAAGGGAUUUGUUUUUUGCGCCGGAAAGGCAAGCUGAAGCUGGAACACGAAUUACGAAUAACUUUCCAAUUCCAAAAUUCCACUUCAGUGUUGUUCUGGGAAUGCCGCCAAUCACAGACUGUCUUUGUAUCCCCCCCCCACCCCGUCUUGGAUUUUUGGACCCUCGUUCUCUAUUUGGCGUUCUGUUGUACAAAGUUAUACUGUACUAUGAGGACAAACAUGUUUGGGAAAAAUUUGCAGCCAAUGUUUGUACACAAAUGUUUAAUAAAAUCUCCUGUAUCUACGUA